CGCCCCGGGCGCUGCUAACUGAAGUAGCAAUGGACGCGCUGGAGUCGUUGUUGGACGAGGUGGCCCUGGAGGGGCUUGAUGGCCUGUGUCUGCCCGCGCUGUGGAGCCGCCUGGAGACGCGCGUGCCGCCCUUCCCGCUGCCUUUGGAGCCCUACACGCAGGAGUUUCUAUGGAGGGCCCUCGCCACGCACCCGGGCAUCAGCUUCUAUGUGGAGCCUCGGGAGCGACCCGACCUCCAGCUGCAGGACCGGUAUGAAGAAAUCGAUUUGGAAACUGGAAUUUUGGAGUCCAAGAGGGACCCGGACCCUUUGGAGGAUGUCUACCCCAUUCAUAUGAUCUUAGAGAAUAAGGAUGGCAUCCAGGGCUCAUGCCGGUACUUUAAGGAGAGGAAAAACAUUACCAAUGACAUCAGAACUAAGUCUUUGCAGCCCCUUUGUACGAUGGUGGAAGCCUUUGACAGGUGGGGGAAGAAACUGAUCAUCGUUGCCUCCCAGGACAUGCGUUACAGGGCCUUGAUAGGCUUGGAGGGUGACCCUGACCUGAAGCUCCCCGACUUCUCCUACUGCAUUUUGGAGCGAUUAGGCCGGUCCCGGUGGCAGGGGGAGCUCCAGCGAGACCUCCACAGCGCUGCGUUCAAGGUUGAUGCUGGGAAGCUCCAUUAUCAUAGGAAAAUUCUGAACAAAAAUGGGCUCAUUACAAUGCAGUCACAUGUGAUCCGAUUACCCAGCGGAGCCCAGCAGCACUCAAUCCUCCUCCUCCUGAACCGGUUUCAUGUGGACAGGAGGAGCAAAUACAACAUCCUCAUGGAGAAGCUUUCGGUGAUGCUGAGCAUGCGGAACAACCAGAUCGAGACACUAGGAAAGCUGCGGGAGGAGCUGGGGCUGUGCGAAAGGACGUUUAAGCGUCUGUACCAAUACAUGCUGAGUGCUGGUCUGGCAAAGGUGGUGUCUCUUCCCUUACAAGAGAUUCACCCUGAAUGUGGACCUUUUAAGACAAAGAAAGGGACCGACGUCAUGGUGCGCUGCCUGAAGCUGCUGAAGGAAUUUAGACGGAAGAUCGAGGACGACCAUGACCAGGACGACGAUGAGGACGAGGAGGUCAUCUCCAAGGCAGUGCCCCCGGUGGACAUCGUGUACGAGCGGGACAUGCUCACGCAGACCUACGAACUCAUUGAGCGCAGAGGCACAAAAGGAAUUUCCCAGGCUGAAAUCCGAGUGGCCAUGAAUGUGGGAAAGCUGGAAGCAAGAAUGCUGUGUCGUCUUCUUCAAAGAUUCAAAGCUGUCAAGGGAUUCAUGGAAGACGAGGGGCGGCAGCGGACCACCAAGUACAUCUCCUGCGCGUUUGCGGAGGAGAGCGACCUGAGCCGGCAGUACGAAAGGGAGAAGGCGCGGAGCGAGCUGCUGACCACCGUGAGCUUGGCCUCGGUGCCGGAGGAGUCCCUCCCGCCUGAGGGAGAGGACACUUUCCUCUCUGAGCUGGACAGCGAGGAGGAGGGCAGCAGCAGCGGCAGCAAAAGAAGAGGCAGAGGGUCACAGGGAGACAUGAAAUCCUCCUCGAGCUCCAGUCUCGGGACCCAGCCUCAUCACUCCACCCCCAUCAAGGGUGGCUGGAAAGUAAACCUGCACCCGCUGAAGAAGCAGCUGACCUCCUCCCCCGGAGCUGCUGAGGAGAGGGCCUGCCGGGGCUCUGUCGGGGCCGACAGCCUCCUGGACACCAGCAGCUCCUCAGAAGCCACCUCGGCCUUCGGCUCCCACUGCGUGGAGAGUAACAGUGGCGACAUAGCUGUGAUCGAAGAGGUCCGGCUUGACAACCCAAAGGAGAGUGGCAGUUCCCAGAAGACUGGGAAGCACGGCCCAGGCCAAGACAAACCCCACGAAACCUACCGACUGCUGAAACGUAGGAACCUGAUCAUAGAAGCCGUCACCAACCUCCGCUUAAUCGAGAGCUUGUUCACGAUUCAGAAAAUGAUCAUGGAUCAGGAGAAGCAGGAAGGCGUGUCCACCAAGUGCUGUAAGAAGUCCAUCGUCCGCCUGGUGCGGAACCUGUCUGAGGAAGGUCUCUUGAGACUGUAUCGGACUACGGUUAUUCAAGAUGGCAUCAAGAAAAAGGUGGAUCUGGUAGUGCACCCGUCCAUGGACCAGAACGACCCUCUGGUGAGAAGUGCCAUCGAGCAGGUUCGUUUCCGGAUCUCCAAUUCAAGCUCAGCAAACAGGCUUAAAGCGCCCCAGUCUACAGUGCCUAAAGGGGAAGCCAAAGAAGAAAGUCAAGGAAAAGAAGACCCGAGUGGAUCAGGAGAUUCUCAGCCGAAUGAUUGCUCUAAACCAGAGAGUGGACGGGUGAAAAAAACUGAUGAGAAAAUGGGCAUAACCCAGCUUAAAAAUUACAACCCUGUAGUAGUUCCUGGACUUGGGCGAUCUAUAGGAUUUCUGCCCAAAAUGGCUCGCCUGCGGGUGGUCCACAGGUUUCUGUGGUACCUGGUCUACGGGCACCCUGCCAGCGACACGGAAGAGAAGCAGGGCUUCAGCAGUGAAAGAACGGGAAAGCAGGAGCCAGGCAGGACCGGAGCCCCGCCCUCCUCCGGAAAAGACUUGGAGACCUCCUUUGAUGCCCCACCGAGCGACAACCAAGAUGGAGAAGUCCGGGAGGCUGAAGUGGAGCUCCCCACAGAGAGAGUGUAUGUGGAUGAAGCCUCGUGGACACGCUACGUCCCUCCCAUUCCAAUCUACAGGGACUUCGGCUUCGGCUGGGCUCUUGUCAGCGACAUUCUCCUCUGCCUGCCCCUCUCCAUCUUUAUCCAGGUUGUGCAAGUCAGCUACAAGGUGGACAACCUGGAUGAAUUCCUGAAUGACCCUCUGAAGCAGCACACGCUGAUUCGCUUUCUCCCCAGGCCUAUCCGGCAGCAGCUCCUGUACAAGAGACGAUACAUUUUUUCAGUGUUGGAGAACCUGCAGAGGCUGUGCUACAUGGGGCUGCUGCAGUUUGGUCCCACAGAAAAGUUUCAGGAUAAAGAUCAGAUCUUCAUUUUCUUGAAGAAGAAUGCGUCUAUCGUUGAUACCACCAUCUGUGACCCACAUUACCACCUUGCCCACAGCAGCCGGCCCUUUGAAAGGCGUUUUUAUGUCCUGAAUUCAAUGCAGGAUGUGGAAAACUACUGGUUUGAUCUGCAGUGCGUCUGCCUCAACACCCCUUUAGGUGUGGUGCGCCACCCGCGUAACAGGAAGGACAGCAACCCAGAUCAGGGUGGAGAUGACAAGGACAGUCUGCAGAAGGAGCAGAAGGAGCAGGAGAGCGCCAUCCACAAGCACAACCUGGAGCGCAAAUGCGCCAUGAUGGAGUACUCCACGGGCAGCCGUGAGGUGGUGGAUGAAGGUUUGAUCCCUGGGGAUGGGCUGGGAGCCGCUGGGCUCGAUUCCAGUUUCUAUGGACACCUAAAGCGCAACUGGAUCUGGACCAGCUAUAUCAUCAACAAGGCCAAAAAGGAGAACGCCGCUGCAGAGAAUGGGCUCACAGUGAGGCUCCAGUCUUUUCUGACCAAGCGCACGUUGCCCCUUGGUGCUGGAGGCAAUGGCAGGUUGGACAUCUGGGGAGAAGCCAGAGCAGGGUCCGAGCUCUGUGCUGACCAAGACGAGCAGUUUGAGAUUGACCAAGAGCCCGUGCUGGACAGGAAUCAGAGAGUGAGGGGUGGCAAGAACCAGAAGCGGAAACGGCUGAAGAAGGACCCUGGAAAGAAGAUGAAGAGAAAGAAGAAAGAAGAACUCCAAGAAGAAAAAAGCAAAAGUCUGCGUUACCAUGAUGAGGCCGACCAGAGCGCCCUGAAGAGGAUGACCCGGCUGCGUGUCAUGUGGUCCAUGCAGGAAGACGGGCUGCUCAUGCUCUGCCGAAUUGCCAGCAAUAUCCUCAACACCAAGGUGAAGGGCCCGUUUGUCCCCUGGCAGGUGGUGCGGGACAUCCUGCACGCUACCUUUGAAGAGUCUUUGGAUAAGACCUCUCAUUCGGUUGGCCGGAGAGCUCGCUACAUAGUCAGAAACCCACAAGCCUACAUGAACUACAAGGUGUGCCUGGCCGAGGUGUACCAAGAUAAGGCCCUUGUUGGAGAGUUCAUGAAUCGGAAAUGUGACUACGAAGACCCAAAGGUUUGUGCCAACGAGUUUAAAGAAUUCGUGGAGAAGCUUAAAAAGAAGUUUAGUUCAUCCUUAAAGAAUCCUAACCUUGAAAUCCCAGACACACUCCAGGAGCUGUUUGCCAGAUACCGAGUUUUGGUGAUCGGAGACCCAAAAGAUCAAAUCAGGAAGGAGGACAAACUUAAUAGCGUGGAUGACAUCCACUACCUGGUGCUCCAGAACCUGAUCCAGAGCACGCUGGCCCUCUCGGACAGUCAGAUGAAGUCCUGCCAGUCAUUCCAGACGUUCCGCCUGUACCAGGAGUAUAAGGACCAGAUCCUGGGGAAGGCCUUCGUGGAGUGCCAGAAGAGGAGCUUGGUCAACCGGCGCCGGGUCAACCACACGCUGGGCCCAAAGAAAAACCGGGCUUUGCCCUUCGUGCCAAUGUCCUACCAGCUGUCCCAGAGCUACUACAAGAUCUUUACGUGGCGAUUUCCGAGCACCAUCUGCACCGAAUCAUUCCAGUUCUUCAACAGAAUCCGGGCUGCCGGCAAGUUGGACCAGCCUGAUCAUUUUUCCUUCAAAGACCAGGACAGUAACGACUCCCCAGAUGACCUGGUGGCAUUUUCUUUGGACGGCCCUGGAGGACACUGUGUGGCUGCCCUGACCCUCUUCUCACUGGGCCUCAUUUCCGUGGAUGUCAGGAUCCCCGAGCAGAUCGUGGUGGUGGACAGCUCCAUGGUGGAGAACGAGGUCAUUAAGAGCCUGGGGAAGGACGGCACCUUGGAAGAGGAUGAGGAUGAAGAGGAAGACUUGGACGAAGACCCGGGGGGCAAGCGCCGGAGCAUUGAGGUGAAGGCCCCCCAGGCCUCCCACACCAACUACCUGCUGAUGAAGGGCUACUGUGCCCCCGGCAUCGUCAGCACCCGAAACCUCAACCCCAACGACAGCAUCGUGGUGAACUCCUGCCACGUGAGGUUCCGGCUCCGCUGCAGCCCCAAGCCCACCCAUCUCAGGUCCUCGGGCCCUGCUCUGGAAGAGCUAACAGUGGGCACUUCCUGCCUCCCUGGCACGUUCACCAGGCUGAUAAAUAGCCAAAAGGACACCUGCCGCUUGGAAGAGUUUGUGCACCAGGUGGAGCUGUCUGGCUAUAGACCUGCUGACGUCUCUGCCGCCUUGGAGGUCCAGGGGGCCGUUGCGGCCACAGGAUGCUUUGGGGUGGACAAGGCAGAGCUGAGGAGACGCUUCUCCGCCUUGGAGAGGACAGAUGGUGAGCGCACCAAGACCUUCACAGACUACGUGCAGGACCUCUUGGAGCGACAUCAGGUGCUGGAAGUCGGCGGCAACUCGGUUCGCCUGGUGACCAUGGCCUCUGCCCAGCCCUGGCUCCUGCACUCGGUGCGGCUGAGAGGGAAAGAAGAGGACGCAGAAACUCAAAGAGAAGACCCCCAGGCCAGACCCCUGGAGGGACCUUCUAGCGAGGACGACCCUGAGAGGCAGGCACCACCUUCUCAGGGCUCCCAGGGCAGCAAGAGGCGUGCCAGCUGGGCCAGCACCGACCCGGCCAUUUCGAGUGGGGAGACCGACCCCGAGAGUGCCCAGAGGCCCCCAGCAAAGAGGCCCACGCUCCAGGACCUGCGCUUGGGCCCCAGCCCCAGGGCCGAGGAGGGGGCAGAAAUGCCGGCACCUGCUCUUCCUGUAGCUCCUGAAGACACAGGUGCAGGGGACACCCUCCCAGGAGCAUCCAAAGCCAGACAGGAGGACCAGGAGGGAGUCGGGGUACCCGGCUCCACAGGCCAAGAGCAGCUGAGCUGUCAGGCCCAGCUUCCAGAGGGCUCGGAAGACGCGAGAGGUUCGGCAGAGAGCUCUGCGGCCGGCAGUGUCUCCCAGGCAGCACGGGACUGUGAGAACAUCUGCUUCAUCAGCCGCCCGUGGCGCAUCGUGGACGGCCACCUGAACACGCCGGUGUGCAAGGGCAUGAUGGAGGCCGUGCUGUACCACAUCAUGAGCAGGCCCGGCGUCCCGGAGAGCUGCCUACUGCAGCACUACCAGGGCGUCCUGCAGCCCAUCGCCGUGCUCGAGCUGCUCCAGGGCCUGGAAUUCCUUGGCUGCAUCAAGAAGCGCUUGCUAAAGCCCACGGCUGUCUCGCUCUUCUCCAAACCCGUGGUGGAAGAGGCAGAGCCGCCCUCCAGCCCGAGCGAGAGUUCCAUGGUGUUCUAUGAGCCCACGCUGGACUGCACUCUCCGGCUGGGCCGCGUGUUCCCCCACGAGGUCAACUGGAACAAGUGGAUCCACCUGUGAGGCACCUGUGGCCACCAGGCCCCUCCCAUCAGGCCGCUGGCUCCAGGGAUGGGGGGCCAGCUCUCCUGGGGAGGGGCCUUUUGCCUUCACCGAGCCGGCCUGGAACUCAGGAAGAGGCCACCCGCCUGCUCUCUGCCCGCCUGGCCAGGGAACCCUCGAGUUGUAGGGAGCGGCUGCACGGAGACUUUGGCCCCUGCCCGCGCUCUUCCUCUUGUGCCAGGGCCUCGGCCGUCGCUGCAGACACGUUUCCGCUGCCAGCGAGCUGCCUGCCGUUCUCCGAAGCCCGGGUGGUGUGAGUCUGAGGCCCCAGCAAACUUCUCCACAGGCUUCCGAGGUGUCUGCCAUUUAGGAACAGCGCUGCUUGCUGAGGCCUUGAGCCUCCUGUAUGAACCUGAGUUGUCGGCUGCUGGCCAGUGGGGGUCCUGAGCUCUGGGCUUGGGUUUGCCCUGUCCGUGCACACUUUGUGUCCCAGAUCCCAGCACACGGCAAACUCCCUGGCUCCAGGAGCCCAGGUGCCCCUGAGCGCCGGGCCUUGUGGGGACAUGGCACAGAACAGAGGCCGUGUGCCCUCCGCCACGGGCCCCGCAGAGACUUACUCCUGUCCGGGCAGGACGUCUGGCCCCUGAGGCUGGGGCUGGCCUCCCGGAGGAGCCUGCAGGCCCCCGGCGGGCCUCCAGCUGGUGGGCACGCCCUCCUGCGGGCAAGAAGCCCAGAGUCCCUGUAGGUUUGGGGUUGGUUUCAUUUUUCAGCAUCUUUCUUCAUUUAAAAAAGAAAGACAAAUCCUUUGGCAUGUGUUUAUUUAUUGUUCAGUUACUGUGAAGUAAAACACAUUUAGUUU